UGGUUAGCAUAUUUCAAUCAGAGUCACGUGAAGUGAAAAGUAUUAAAUAUCAUGGUUCUCCUUUUCCGGUCCUUGAUCGCUUUGUGCCAAAGAUGUACCGAGCGGGAGUGGGUAGGUAGUUUUCUUGUACAAGUAAAAGAAAGAAAAUUGUUGGGAAGAAUGUGCCGGUGCCAUAGUAGAUAAGAGUCCAGCAGAAAGUUCAAAUUUGGAAUCUAACUCAUUCUAAAUAAGUAAAAUUCGAACUACAUCGAGAGAAAAAUAACGAGGAUUGAGCUUACCAAUUACCGAGCCCUCCCCGUAUGGGAUAGGUUUGAUUGGAACGACCCGCAGCUCCCUCGCAGCGCCGACAGUUCUACUUCAGAUCUGCUGAAAUUCCGUUGAAUUUGAUAUCUAAGGAAAUCUUAUUGCUUCCAUAUAAGCUAUUAGCCUCAAAGUAUUUUGGCCAUGGCAAUUUCCCAUCUGGAUCGAGAGACAGCUUCACCGGUUUUGUUCAUCGUAAGUGUGCUCGCCAUUCAAAUUCUCGGUAUUGCGGCGAUGGUGUUGACUGGCACAUGGAUGAAGCAUUAUUUGGGUGGAUUCGCUUGGGACGGCACAGGCCUCGAGUUUGAUUACCAUCCUCUCUGUAUGGUGAUAAGUCUGGUAUUUCUGUACAGCGAAGCCAUGAUUGUGUUCAGAGUGUUUCGACGUGAGAACAAAUUCGUCGUCAAGUUGGUUCACUUUGUUCUUCAGCUGGUAGCCUUUGCAAUCGCAGUUUGGGGUUUGAAGGCAGUGUUUGGUUUCCACAACCACAUGAAAUAUGCAAACCUGUACAGUCUGCAUAGCUGGUGUGGUCUGACUACAGUUAUUCUUUUUGGCUGUCAGGUUUUGUUUGGUUUUGUGAGCUUCCUGUUUCCCAAGUUACCUGGUGGUCUCCGUGCAGUGUAUCUGAAAGUUCAUGUUUUCUUUGGAGUGUUUAUUUUCAUAUUGGCUAUUGGAACCUGUCUCAUGGGAAUUACUGAGGAACUUUCCUUCCUUCCUAGUUCCAACCCUUAUUCAAAAUUACCAGCUCCAGCACAAGUGGGGAAUACUCUGGGCAUCACGCUUGUUGUUCUAGCUGGUAUUGUUCUGUUUGUGGUGACAAAUGCGGCAUUCAGAAGAGUGGAUGCGGAGGAAGAUCGUCAGGCUUUUAUAAAUGACGGAGAGUAGUUAAAUUAAUUAGCGGUAAUCUAUGAAGUUGCCAAGUGUCCCCUAGACAUUCUAGCGCACUAAGAAGGUGCCCAGUGUCCCCUAGACAUUCUAGCGCAGUAAGGUGCCAAGGGUCAAACGCGCACUAAGAAGGUGCCAGGUGUCCCCUAGACA